UCAGAUUUACAGUAUAUCCAGAUUUAUCUAUUUUACCGAAUAAAAUUAUGGGUUGCUGCACGAAGAAAGCAUGGAAGAAUUGGGCAAAAAUGAACGCCUUGCUGCUGGCAACGCUUGCUGGAGUAAUCGUCGGCAUCUGUCUUGGUAUAGGAAUGAGGGAAGCUCAUUUAUCACAACUUGAUAUUUAUUAUUUUAUGUUUCCUGGAGAACUUUUGCUCAGAAUGCUUAAAAUGAUGAUAUUACCAUUGAUUGUGUGCAGUCUCAUAACAGGCGUUGCCAGCCUCGAUCAGAAUGCAUCAGGAAAAAUGGGCUUGAGAGCUGUCGUAUACUACAUGUGUACCACACUGAUUGCUGUUAUCAUUGGUAUCGUACUAGUGGUAACCAUUGAGCCAGGUAGAGCCGGCAAAGAUGACAUUGAAUCAACCGGAAGUUCACCGGAAGUUACGGCAGUUGAUGCUAUGUUGGAUCUACUGAGAAAUUUGUUUCCGGAGAAUAUCGUUCAAGCUUGCUUUCAACAGUAUCAAACACGUCGUGAACCAAUCUAUGGGAACGUCAGCGAAUUGUUGAACAUGACUGGAAUGACAACUGCCUCACCAACUGAACCCCCUGUUACUGAAAUGGUUGAGCAAGUUGUAGACUAUAAAAUUGUUGGAGAAUACAAGUUAGGCGUCAACGUUUUGGGACUGAUCACGUUUUGUAUAACUUUUGGAAUAAUUAUCGGAAAAUUGGAAGGCGGACAACUUUUGGUGCAAUUUUUUUCCAUUUUCAACGAGGCUGUCAUGAAAAUGGUUAAAAUUGUUAUUUGGUAUUCUCCAAUUGGUAUCAUUUUUUUGAUUGCUGGGGAGAUUAUGAAAAUGGAAGAUCCUGAACAAACGAUGCAACAGCUUGGUUUAUACAUUGCGACCGUUGUUUCAGGUUUAGCAAUACACGGACUCAUUGUUCUUCCUCUGAUAUAUUUUAUCGUCGUUCGAAAAAAUCCUUUUACUUACGUUCUUGGGGUUUCUCAGGCUCUCAUGACUGCAUUGGCAACAUCAUCAAGUUCAGCAACACUGCCCAUCACCAUUAGUAAUUUAGAAGACAUUAACAAAGUUGACAAACGGUGUACGAGGUUUGUUCUUCCCAUUGGUGCUACAAUAAACAUGGAUGGAACUGCAUUAUAUGAAGCUGUUGCAGCAAUAUUUAUUGCUCAAGUCAAUGACAUAUCGUUGAGUUUCGGAGAAAUAGUAACAAUCAGCGUCACUGCAACAUUUGCAAGUAUUGGAGCUGCUGGAGUUCCACAAGCAGGAUUGAUUACUCUGGUAAUUGUUUUGCAAGCGGUUGGAUUGCCAACAGAGGAUAUUACGCUCAUUUUAGCAGUAGAUUGGUUGCUAGACCGCAUUCGAACAACAGUAAAUGUGCUAGGAGAUUCCAUUGGCGCUGGAGUUGUUCAAAAAUUAUCCAAAGAGGACUUGGAACGCGUGGAUGAAAUGAAACGUCCUUCUACUCGACAAGAAUUACAUAAACGGUACUUGAGCACAGACUCCGAUUCGACAGUUACUGAAGUUACGACAGGCAAGAUUGAAUCGAAAGCAGCAAAUCAAAAUGAAUUUGCACCUCACUAUAAUCAGUUUAGUAAAGACGAUUCGCUUCGAAUGAGAAACGGAAAAGUGAAUGACGCUUACCUGCCUGGUAACGAAAUGUCUACCAGCUUGUAAGCAAUGCAAUGUAACAAGAAACUGGUGUUUUAUUUUCAUACAAAUUUGUAAAUUUAGCACAAUAUUUUCACCUCUUUCUAAUUCAACAUGUGACUGAAUUGCUCUGUAAUUUGAAAGUACAAAUUAAACAUAUUCUAAGAAGUCUCAUCAAUACUUGUUAGUAUUUUUACAAUACCAAUUACAAUUUUGUCAUUAUACAAUAUAAAUAACGUUUUCGUAACGGUAUUUUAAAAUUUUAUUCUUCAAAUGGCUUAUUUGCGUAUAUGUCAAUAAAUGCUAGAAUAUCGUUUUUUAAUUUGCUGUUUUGGUGUGCGCUUAUUGAAUGGACUGAACCAAUUUCAUAUCACGAACCAUAGGCAAUUAUCAUUUAAAAGAAAAUUUAAAAAUGUAUUGGUAUUUUGC